AUGACGAUUCAUCCAACCUCCGUCUCGGAGUACCUCUCCACCCACAAGUACCCCGCCAAAGCCCACGCACGUGCUGUCGCCAAACACCUCUCACUCACCAGUGGCACCAUCUACCUUGAAUCUCAAAAGUCUCGCCUGGAGGAAGACAAAGACCAAGAAGCGCCGUUUCACCAGCGCCGAUACUUCUUCUAUUUGUCAGGAUGUGCCCUCCCAGACUGCUAUCUGACUUAUGAUGUUGCUAAGGACUUCUUGACGCUCUAUAUCCCGCCUAUUAACCCCGAAGAGGUUAUGUGGAGUGGACUACCGUUGGAUGCUGAGGGUGCAAAAAAUAAGUUCGACAUCGACUCGGCGAAGUACUCUAAUGAACUAGAGGCGGACUUGAAGGGCGAGGUUUUGGUCAUUCCAGGCCAGGUCUCGGAAAGUGUUACACUUCUAAAAGAUGGGGGUGUGACGGUGAAGCUCUCGAAGGACUUGAAGGAAGCUAUCAACGAGUGUAGAGUUUAUAAGGAUGACUAUGAAGUCGCACUUAUCAAGCAUGCGAACGAAAUCAGUGGUAGCGCACAUGUGGCUUUGAUGAAGGCAGCGAAAACUUGCAAGUUUGAGCAUGAACUUGAAGGAAUAUUUUUGGAGAAUUGCAUUCGACGUGGAGCUAGACGACAGGCCUACGACAGCAUCAUUGCUUCCGGCACCAAUGCUGCAACCUUGCAUUACAUCCACAACAACCAGGCGUUCAGCGAUCGGUUGAAUAUCCUUAUCGACGGCGGUUGCGAGUACGAUCUCUACGCAUCUGAUAUCACCCGUGUCUUCCCACUAAACGGCAAAUUCACCAAAGAAUCCAGAGAAAUCUACUCGCUUGUCCUCAAAAUGCAACUGGAUGCUCUCGCCAUGAUCAAACCUGGAGUUCUCUGGGAUACAAUCCACGAGACAGUCCACAAAAUCCUCAUCCAAGGUUUCCUCGAUCUCGGUAUCUUCCAGAAUGGGACUGUAGACGAGAUCCUAGAGAACCGUACCAGUUGUGCUUUCCUUCCACAUGGCCUAGGUCACCAUAUGGGAAUGGAUACACACGACACUGGCGGUCACCCGAACUACUCCGACCCAGAUCCGAUGUAUAAGUACCUAAGAGUUCGCAUACCGUUGAAGGAGCGGGCCGUUAUCACCGUGGAACCUGGAGUGUACUUUUGCGAAUUCAUUAUUAAGCCUUAUUUGGAAAACCCAAAGCACAACAAGUACAUAAACACGAAGGUUUUGGAUAGAUAUUGGACCGUAGGAGGUGUCAGGAUUGAAGACGAUGUGCUGGUUACGAAGGACGGGUACGAGAAUUUGACUAACGUCGUGAAGGAGAUCGAUGAUGUUGAAAGAAUAGUGAACCGUACCGCUUGA